UAGUAGAUUGUAGGUAUAGCGCGUGUUGCAAUCGGGUUUUAGAGGAAAUAUAUAAGAGACUCUUACAAUACGUAAUCAUCGUAUACAUAAAAUAUACGUCGAAGGGAACGGUUGAUAGAAAAAUAAAUAAAAAUGAAAUUGUUGUUGUUAGCUGGUCUGAUCGCUCUUGCGGCUGCUGCCCCUCAAGCCCAGAGCCCGCAGGAUGUUCAGAUCUUACGUUACGAUAUCAACAAUAGUGGAUUGGACUCUCAUGAUUUUGCAUUUGAGCUCUCAGACGGCACGAAGCACGAGGAACGUGGUGAGCUGAGGAAUGCUGGAAGUGAGAAUGAGAUAUAUGCUGUCCAGGGCCAGUACUCCUGGGUAGGACCUGACGGCGUCACCUACACGGUCACCUACAUCGCAGACGAAAAUGGCUUCCAGCCCACCAUCCAGCAGACACCAGGUGGCGCCGUGCCAGAAGCUGUCAUAACCGCUCUACAAGGCUAAUUCUUAGAUAAUUAUAGGAUUGUUGUAAAUAUUUCCUAAUGGAAAUGUAUAUAAUAUUUAUAUACAGUUUCAUUUUUAGCGUAAUAAAUAACUAAGUAAUUUAA